GCGGAAAGUUGAGUUCCUAGUCAAAUAUAGGUUGCUGUUAGAGUUUAUGAUAAGCAGGACAUUUACUUAACUAUGCCUCGUAACUUCAGUCUUCAACCCGAGAGAAAGAGCCGUAUGACUGGAAUCCCUUCUAAUAUCAAAGCAAGGACUUCAUCUGUUGGUCCACAGGAACAAAAACCUGUUAACCGUGAGGUUAAAUCUAAAGCAAAUAUCACUAAGAUGAUAGGAAGUUUAAUCCAGUUUCUGGAAACCACCGACUAUUCAAAUUCCCUUUCUCCCAAAAUCCUCCAUUCACCCAACUCAAAAGAAAUAUUUUCAAUAUUCGAACAUCUUGUUCGACAAAUUGAGCCCUCCUUUCGUAUUGAAAACGACGGAAUGAAAGCGGAAGAAGUUUGUCUGAAUUAUCUUAAAAUUCUAGGCUACCCAAAUAUUCUUAGUAAGCAUCAUUUAUUAGCACCUGGUGCUCCUCAAGCCUGGAAUUCAGUUUUAGCGGCGUUCGACUGGUUCAGAGAAGAAACAGAAAAUGCAAAUGACGCUAUAAACUUUUCGGUGUUCAGGUAUGAUGAUGAUCAAGAUACUGAAGAAGAGCCGCUGAAUAAAAUUAUUUUUCAAUUGAAAUCAGUUAUUUUUAAAAGAAGACGCGAAGGCCUUGAUAUAAUUCCAAGUGAUAUUGAAGAUUACCGUUGUCGUAUCAACAGAGUAUUGAACGCUCCAAGUGAAGAUGAUAUGAAGAAACUUUAUGAUCGUCUGAAUGAAGUGGAUAAAGAAAUGAAUAGUAUAAAUAAUGUAGACGGAGAAGAAAGAUCAUUAAGAACUCAAUUAGCUGAAACGGAAUCCAGUUUAAAAUCACUAGACGAAAACUUGCGCGACCACGAAUCUCAGAUAGCUAAGUUAAAGUCUUUAGACGAAGAGCGCACAGAAGUUUUAAAGGAACUUGAAUUAAAAAACAAAGAAGCAGAACAACAGUUGGCUGCAGUACGUGCAAAAGUAAAGGAACAAGAAGAUGCUGGUUAUGGACGACUAGCUCAAGAAUAUAUUAUGCUUCGGGAACGUGUCGAUGCUCGAUUGCAUGCUAAAGAUGAUUUAAUUAAAGAAGUUGAACAAAAAGAAUUGGAUUAUACACGUUCAGAAGGCACCAUUGCCCCUACUUUGGACGCUUAUAAUCGUCUUGUCGGAUCAUUAAGGAAACCACCGUUUUCACAGAUCACAAAAAACUGUAAUUUGGAAGUUUGCACAUAUCGCAAAGGAUUUGAUAUUGCUAAGCAAUUACCAUUGCUAGUUCAAAAUGUGAAGGCUUGUGUUGAACAGUUGACUUUGGCUUUGACUUCUAAAGAACAACGACUAAGUGAAUUGGUUGAACGUCUCGAAACUCUUCAAUCGUCAAUCGAUAGUUCAGAAUUGCCAGGUGUACAAGCUAAACUGGAUGAAGUAAAAGUAGAUUUGGCUAAACUAGAUGAACUUUUGGCGGAGGAAUACAGUGCGCAUGCAAAAGCAGAAGAAGAAUAUGUUAAUUUAUGUUCUCACAGAGCCAAAGAAUUAGAACAGUUAAAAAAACAGUUAACUGAUGAUGAACAACGUCAGACGGAGUUAAGCAUUAUGUAAUGGAUUUAACCCUAUAUGGAUAACCGCUUAAAACUGGAGAUCAUUGAACACUCUUUCGUCUAAGUAAGGGACCUCUCAACGGUAUGCAUUCACAAUCUCAUGAUAGUUUAAACUCAAGCUCGAGGUCUCGUGACUUGGUCCUGACAUCUAAACUACGGAGCCGGUAUCCAAUAGUUUACUUGUCUAACUCCAGUGAAUUCAUGAUAUUGUGCAACUACGUCUAAUGUUACUGGGUAAACUUGAAGAAAUAAUUCAAGAAAGAGUUAAAAUCACCUCUUAUAUUGAAAAUAUUAGUCAACAAUUAUCGGUGUUUGUUCCUUACAUUGAGUCAUAUUUCAAAACUAAGGAGUCUGCUAGUCGUACCUGGCAGAUGCAUAUAAACAUACUGCGCGAAGAAGUUCAAAGUGCAGCUCGUCGUAUUGAAAACAAAGUUAGAAAAGCACUUGAAGAAAAUUCUUUAUCUGAAUAGCAUUUUCUCCAAGAGAUUAACUUUUUCUUGCAACUAACUUCAAUUGAUUUUUAUUAAUAUUGCAUUUUAUUAAAAUGUUAUUGUCUUGAGAGUUUUCCGAUAAACCGUUCAU